GGAUUAACAAUAAACACAAUCUCAAAAACUUCAAAUUACGGAAAGGCCCCUCGUCGCACGAUUCCAAACCUCCCAAGCAAUCGUGUUCUCCGAUCGCAAAUGGUCGGACUGUUCCCGGAGAGAUAAAUCCGCCAUGGCGAAAUCGGAACACUCAAGGACUCCUAGCUUCUCCUCUUUCGCGAAGAUUCAACCCUCCGACGAUGCCGACGCCGAUCCCGAUUCCUACGCACUCGAGAAAUUCAAGCUCUACGAGACCCGAGCGAGGUUUUAUUUACUUGGGAGCGAUAGGAACAAAAGGUUCUUCAGAGUGCUAAAGAUUGAUCGUUCAGAGCAAUCAGAGCUUCACAUAAGUGAAGAUCCAGUAGUGUAUUCGCCUCAGGAGAUCAAGAGUCUCCUUCAGCGUAUUGCUGAAGGCAAUCGUUCCACUGGAGGAUUGGCUUUUGUGGCUAAAGUCUAUGGGAUUGCUGGUUGUGCUAAGUUUAUGGAGUCAUACUACUUAGUUUUGGUGACGAAACGGCGACAAAUUGGAUGCAUAUGUGGGCAUGCGAUAUAUGCUAUUGACGAAAGUCAGAUGAUCAGUGUUCCACAUGCAACUAUCCAAUCUGAUGUUGCCAAUUCCAAAACUGAACUAAGGUACAAGAAGCUUCUGUCAAGUGUAGACUUGACAAAAGAUUUCUUCUACAGUUACACGUAUCCUAUAAUGCAAAGUUUGCAAAAGAACGUUUUGUCAUCUGGUGAGGAAGGGGUGCCCUAUGAUAACAUCUUUGUAUGGAAUGCGUAUCUGACACAGCCUAUCCGUUCAAGGUGUAACAACACUAUUUGGACACUGGCAUUAGUUCAUGGGAAUUUUAAGCAGACACGGCUAUCGAUAUAUGGAAGAGACUUCAGUGUUACUCUAGUAUCCAAACGUUCUCGACAUUUUGCAGGCACACGUUACUUGAAAAGGGGAGUGAAUGAUCGUGGAAGGGUUGCGAAUGAUGUUGAAACAGAACAACUUGUUUUUGAUGAAGAAGCUGGAUCACGCAAGGGAAAAAUGACCUCAGUGGUGCAGAUGCGAGGGUCAAUUCCACUCUUUUGGUCGCAAGAGGCCUCGAGAUUUAGCCCUAAGCCUGAUAUUUUCUUACAGAGGUAUGAUCCUACAUACGAGUCAACUAAAAUGCAUUUUGAAGACCUGAUGAACCGAUAUGGAAAUCCGAUCAUUGUGCUCAACUUAAUCAAGACGGUUGAGAAAAGACCUCGGGAAAUGGUGCUAAGGCGGGAGUUUGCGAAUGCAGUGGGUUAUCUAAACUCAAUUUUAGAUGAAGAAAAUCAUCUCAAAUUUAUCCACUGGGAUUUUCACAAAUUCGCAAAGAGCAAGUCGGCGAAUGUAUUGGCUGUUUUGGGUGCCGUAGCAAGCGAAGCACUUGAUCUGACUGGAUUUUACUUCAGUGGCAAGCCUAAAAUUGUUAAGAAAAAAGCUACCCAACUUAGUCAUGCUAGCACUGGAAGGGAAGCAUCUCUGCGUGAUCUAAGAGCAUUCUCCUUGGAACUUUCAAGGGGUGAGAGUUCUAAUGAUAUACUUAGUGCUCUUGCUAACCGAGAGAAAGAGAUGAAGCUAAGCCAACAAAAAGAAGACGAUGGGACUGAUAUUUCAGCUCCUCGUUACCAAAGUGGUGUUCUGCGUACGAACUGUAUCGACUGCUUGGAUCGAACAAACGUAGCACAGUAUGCAUAUGGUUUGGCUGCUUUAGGCCGUCAGCUGCACGCAAUGGGUCUGAGUGAUACAUCUAAGAUCGACCCGGACAGUAGCAUAGCUGUUGCACUUAUGGAUAUGUACCAGAGCAUGGGCGAUGCCCUUGCACACCAAUAUGGCGGCUCAGCUGCUCAUAAUACUGUUUUCCCAGAAAGGCAGGGUAAAUGGAAGGCCACGACACAGUCUAGAGAAUAUCUCAAUUCUAUCAAACGAUACUACAGCAAUACCUAUACCGAUGGCGAAAAGCAAGACGCCAUAAACUUAUUCUUGGGUUACUUUCAACCUCAAGAAGGGAAACCUGCGCUCUGGGAGCUGGAUUCUGAUUAUUAUCUUCACGUGUCAGGGAUAGGAGAUGAAAUUUUCCCAGGAAGAGGGGUCCAGUCCACUGAGAAACCCAUGAGUGGCAUCGGAGUCAAUCUUGCACCAGUACCUGCUUUCAGGGAAGACUUCUCACGGAAGAAACUAACGUCAUUUGACAAACUGAUCGAGCAGACAUGCAGUUCAAUAAAGAACGUGAGGCUUUGCAGCGAGACAGGCCAAAGACCAGGUGGCAGCGCUGGAAGCACUGGUGUGGCUCCUGAUGCAGCUGAGAUUCAGCUCAAGAGCCCCAAUUGGCUGUUUGGAUCAAGAAAGCCCGAAGAGAGUGGCUCUGCCACAAAACCUGGAGCAGACGAUAGUGAGAAAGGAGUGACCUCGAGUGAGCAAGUCCACGAUUUCUGCAACUUGGACUGGCUAUCUGAGCCUAACGAUCAUCAUGAAGAUAUCUUUCAAAAGUACCUAUCGAUCACAUCAACCACUGAAGCCAAUGGUUGGUAUGGUGGUACUCUCCUCGGCGACCAAGACGAAAACAGCGAAAUUUACAAACAUUAUGCCCAGUUCUGUCAGUGUCCAGCUAUGGAACCUUUUGAGAACGAUCAUGAGUUAGAACAGAACUACGCGGAAGUUCUACGUAUGACCACAGUCGAUGUAAUGGACAACAUGGGAGAAGAAGAAACGGAGAUGGAAAAAGCUUUAAAUGAGUACGCUCAGAUCGGUAGCAAUCUCGGGAUCAUUCCAACACAAUGCAAACACUUUGCUGGAGAUCCUUGUUGGUUAGCCAGAUGGCUUGUCGGAGAUGAUAAGAUCCCAAAGGUCAUUUAAUCACAAAACCAACCCAUUAUGCCCCCAAGAACAUAACGUCUCACACCAGAGAGACUCACCUUUUGCUUUACAUGAAUCUUUUGUGAGCAUUUGUGAAAAAUAAUUGGCUUAGAGCUAACACCAUUGGAGUCCUUAGAAAUAUUAAAGAAAAAUUUUUUUUUAUAAUUUUUUUUGUAUGAAUAGUUAAGGACUCUUAUCAAAAAUGUGUGUCCAAUGGUGUACUCCAAAGAUUUAAUUUUUAAACAUGUGAAAUUUAAAAAAUUAUUAAUUGCA